CACAGCUUGGCGCGGGCGGUGGCGCGGGCGGUUAAGCGGCGGGCUGCAGCACAGAACGAUGAGGUUGAGGAAGAAUAUGUUUUGGCUUUGCUCCUAAAGAAUGAUGGACUAGAGGGAUCAAAAUGCAAAGAAAAACUAAAAGAAUAUUGUGGAAACUUGAAGAAAGUUGAUGAAGACUUUAGUAUUUAUCCAAAAUUAAAAGAAAUUUGCAAAGAUGACGAUGCAAAAAAAUGUACAGGACUGAAAGCCAAGGUUGUUAUAAAGCAAACUUCUUUCAAAGAAAAACUCGAUAAAGCAUCAGCAAAACAAAUUUCACAAUUAAAAGAUGAAGAUUGUUUAAAUCAGAAAGAAUGUCUGUUUUUGGAAGGAGCAUUCCCUAAUGAACUUAAAGAUAACUGUAAUAAAUUAAGGAAUAACUGUUAUCAAAAAAAGCGUGAGGAAGUGGCAGAAGAAGCUCUUUUAAGGGCACUUAGUGGAAGUCUUAAAGAAAAAAAUUCAUGUAAAGAGAAGCUUAAGGAGGUUUGCCUAUUGUUGAGUGGAGAAAAUGAUGAAUUAAUGGAACGUUGUUUUGACGAAGAAAAAACAUGCCAGACUCUUAUGACUAAAAAACAAGAUAAAUGCCAAUUUCUUAAAGCAGAAAUUGAAAAAUUACUAAAAAAAGAUAAUGAAUUGAAAACAAAAUGCCUACCAUUACUUAGAGAGUGUCACUUUUAUGGGGAAACAUGUACUAUAAAUAAAUCAGACUGUAAGAAUUUGCUAGAUAGCUGUAGAAAGAAAGAUGUCAUCUACACAGAACCGGGUUUAGAUUUUGAGCCUAUAAGACCAGGAAUUACAUUGGCGGAAGAAAUAGAAUUGGAAGAGCUUUAUAAAGAGGCAGCAAAGAAAGGAGUUCGUAUUGGAAGGCCACCCACAAGAGAUGCAGCUGAGCUUUUACUUUUAUUAAGCCAAAGCAGCACUAAACCUACGGUUGCAGAAAAAUGUAAAGAAGUGCUUGGUAAAAAGUGCAAAGAUCUUAAAGAACAUGAAAUUCUGAAGGAUUUGUGUGAAAAAGAUAAUGACAAAGCAAAUGUAAAUGGAACCAACAAAUGUAACGAAUUGCAAGAAAAACAGGCAAAAAGUAUCAAAAAUCUCUCUAAAAAAAUAGAAAAUAAACAUCUCACUGCAAAUGAUCCGAAUGCAAUUAUUAUGUGGAACGAUCUAUCAACAUUUCUUACUGAGAAAGAUUGUAGAACUUUAGAAUCAGAUUGCCUUUAUUUGAAAGGCCAAGAUUCACUUGAAAAACCUUGCAGUAACCUAAAAGCAGCGUGUUAUAAAAAAGGACUUGAAGCAGUAGCAAAUGAAGCAUUACAAGAUAAGUUACGGGGAAAGUUGCAUGGAUCAAAUGGAACAUGGUUUGAAAACCUUCAAAAAAGCUUGGUAGAAGUAUGUAAGGAACUAAAAGGAAAAAGCGAUGAACUAUUUGUGUUGUGUGUACAGCCAAAAAAAGCUGCUCUUGUACUUUCAACAGAUUUACGAUUUAGAGCUAUUUUUCUACGGGAACAAUUAAACGAGAAGCGAGAUUAUCCGACGGAAACAGAUUGUAAAGAAUUAGAAGAAAAGUGCAGAGUACUAGGACAAGAUUCAAAAGAAAUUAAAUGGCCGUGUUUUACAUUGAAUCAGCAUUGCAACCGUUUGAGGAAUGCACAAGAAUUAGAGGAAAAAUUACUAGUAGAAAAGACAAAAGACUUGGAUAACGUAGAUUCAUGUACAAAAAAGCUAAAUGAAAGAUGUGAUAAUUGGAAUACAAAAAGAAAAACUCUGUUUGAUCUUGCAUGUAUAGCACAAGAAACUACUUGCCAAAUCAUUGCAAAAAGCGUUGAAUUUAAGUGUGAUACAUUAAAAGAUCAUAUAAAAGCCAUGAAAAUUCUAGAAGGAUUAAAUAAGGAAAAUAAUCUGGAUAAAAAAGGACAAGUAUGCGACUUCUGGGAAUCAUAUUGUGACAAAUACAUGUCAAGUUGUAAGAAUUUUGCGACUACAGCCAAGGAUAAUGAAUGCGAGAAUCUUAAAAAGGGUUGUAAAUUGUAUCGUACACAAAGGGAUCGUGAAGAUGCAGUUAUGCUAGAAUUUAAAGGGAACCUUGACAAUAAAAACAAUUGUAUAUCAACUCUUGACCAAUAUUGCACACAAUGGAAUCAAGCAGAAAACGAAACGCUCAAAGGUUUUUGCAGUAAUACUAGUGGUGGUAAAAGUAACGACAUGGUUAGGGAUGAGUUAUGUAAAAAAUUAGUUGGAAGAGUACAAGAAAAGUGCCGAGGAUUACAAGAUAAACUUAAAAAAGCAAGAAAAGAACUAGAAAAGCAAAAACAAGACUAUGAAAAGGUUAAAGGAGAAGCAGAAGAAGCAAUAAAAGCAGCAAAUCUUGUUUUAUCAGCCAUUAGAACAACAGAUAAUAAAACAGCAAGCAAGGCUGUGCCCAAUGUGCCUGGAGAAAAAAAAGACACAAAACCAUUUAAAUUAGUAAGAAGAAAUGCAAAUGUUCAAGUAACAGAGAAAGAAGCGGAAGCCUUUGAUUUAGCAGCACAAGCAUUUAGUUUGUACCUAGAACUAAUGGAGAGAUGUCGCCAUUUGAAAGGAGACUGUGCAUUUAAAAAAGAAUGUAAAUCUGAAACUCCAUGUGGAAAAAUAGAUGGAAUAUGUUUAAAAAUAGAACCACUAAAAGUGAAACCAUACGAAGCAACAACUAAAAAUGUAACAACAACAACCACAACUACAACGACGACAACAGAAACCGUUAAAGACGCAAAGGCAACAGACUGCCAGUCUCUGCAGACGACAGACACGUGGGUCACAAAGACGUCAACGCACACUAGCACUUCUACGACUACAUCCACAGUCACGUCAAGAAUAACACUCACUUCGACAAGAAGAUGUAAACCGACCAAGUGUACGACAGGAGAGGAAGAUGAAGCAGGAGACGUGAAGCCGAGUGAGGGAUUAAGGGUGAGCGGGUGGAAUGUGAUGAGGGGGGUGUUAUUAGCAAUGAUGAUUUCAUUCAUGAUUUAG